UUACACCACUAGCGUCCACAUCCGUGGUUUCCACAAACUUGCCGGCGACGGGGGGUCACGCCGGCGACGACGUGGAGCAUAACGGCCGGCUAUAGCUGAGAGAGCAUUGCCGUCUUCGCAUAUAAGGCUGGCCAAGUGUCAUCUGGACUGUUCCGAACCUUCUUCUCUUCGCAUUCUCCGCCCAAAGCAUAUUUUUACUUCCAUCUCGCCAUUUCGGCCGUAUAGAACGCGCUAAUCCACAAAAAGAGGGGAGAGAAGAGGAAGAGGAGGAUCGGGAGCUGUGUCUGAUAGAUCUGAUCGAGGUGGAAAGGAGCUAUGAAUCGGAUACUUGGGAAGUUGUGCGGAUAUUGGUUCUCAAAGAGAGCCAGCAAGGAGCUGUUCUCCGUCGGCGAUGAUAUCAAUUCGCUUUCAAAUGAAGUUGAGGGUGGAGCACGAUGGCUGGUCAAUAAACUCAAAGGAAAAAUGCAGAAACCAUUAGCAGAACUCCUGCGAGAAUACGACUUGCCGGUAGGCAUAUUUCCAGGGGACUCCACCAACUAUGAAUUCAAUGAAGAUACAAAGAGGCUCACAGUGUUAGUUCCCUCAGUCUGUGAAGUAGGCUACAAAGAUUCCUCUGUUCUCAGAUUUCAAACCUGCGUCAGUGGCUAUUUGGAGAAGGGAAAGCUGUCCCACAUUGAAGGCAUGAAGACCAAAUUUCUGGUUUGGAUGAAGGUCUCGUCCGUCUCUGCCGAUCGAUCCAAGGUUUAUUUCAAUACCGGUGUGCGGCGAAGUCGGAGCAGAGAUGCUUAUGAGGUCCUCAGAGUUGGUAUCAGAGCGGAAAAAUUUUAGGGGCAUUUACAUACAUACCACAGAAGUCUUAGGUACCUAAACAUUCAUAUUUACCUAUAUCUUUUUAAAAUUGAAAUACAUGUUUUCAUAUAUAGAUUUAUGACACCGAGAAAAUACAAGUAUAAAUAUCAAAUUUUGGGUGUUUGA